GCGGUAUUUGACGGACGUUGCUUACUGUUUAUAAUUUGGUUAAUUAUCAUCUCAUCAGUCAUCACAUACGGAAGAGAAGAGAGAAGAGGGAAUGAAGGUGGCAAGGUAAAAUUAGAAUGGCGAAGAGGGAGCGAGAGAGAGGAGUGUCGGCGUCGGAAUUGAAGGACAAGUUGCGAGAAUUGGUGAAGGCCAUCGUGGACUCCGACGACUACACGCUUGAAGCCGCCGACGAAGCCAUCGCCAGCCUUUCAGCUCUCAAGAAUUUAAAGUCUCUCCAUCACGCUCCCAUUCCUCCUCCCCAAUUUCGAUGCCCCAUUUCCACCCAAUUGAUGACCGAUCCCGUUAUCUUGUCCACCGGCCAGACUUAUGAUAGGCCAUUUAUUGAGAGGUGGUUGAAUGAGGGGCACAGAACGUGCCCUCAGACCCAGCAGGUUCUAUCUCACUCUAUUUUAACUCCGAAUUACUUGGUCCGAGACAUGAUUGUGCAGUGGUGUAGGGAGCGUGGAAUUCAGUUGCCUAAGCCUGUUAAGGAUGUGGACCAAGUUGUCACCAAUGCAGACAGAAACCGUUUGAAUUCCUUGCUCCGCAAGUUGUCAUUGUCUGCUUCUGAUCAGAAGGAAGCUGCCAAAGAGCUUCGCCAGUUGACAAAGCGAAUGCCGUCGUUUCGAACCCUUGUUGGGGAGUCCACUGAUGUCAUUCCCCAGCUGCUCAGUCCACUGUCGUCGCCGGGCACUGACCCUGAUCUCCAUGAGGACUUGAUCACCACGGUUUUGAAUCUCUCAAUCCAUGAUGAUAAUAAGAAGGUCUUUGCAGAGGAUCCUGCUGUGAUUUCUCUGCUUAUUGAUGCCUUAAAAUGUGGAACGCUUCAAACAAGAAGCAAUGCUGCAGCCGCCAUUUUUACAUUGUCUGCUCUUGAUGACAACAAGCACAUCAUCGGGAAAUCCGGGGCUAUCAAGCCUUUGCUUGAGCUUUUGGAUGAGGGAGAGCCUUUUUCCAUGAAAGAUGCUGCUUCGGCUGUAUUCAAUUUGUGUCUUGUGCAUGAGAAUAAAGGGAGGACCGUUCGAGAUGGGGCCGUUCGGGUUAUUCUGAACAAGAUGAUGGACCACAUUCUGGUUGAUGAGUUGUUGGCUAUACUGGCACUGCUCUCCAGCCAUCCCAAGGCUGUUGAGGAAAUGGGUGAUCUAGGCUGUGUUCCUUUGUUAUUGGGGAUUAUUAGGGAGAGCACCUCAGAGAGGAGCAAGGAAAAUUGUGUUGCAAUUCUCUACACAAUCUGUUUUAGUGACAGAACAAAGUUGAAGGAAAUUAGAGAAGAGGAAAAGGCCAAUGGUACACUGUCCAAGCUUGCACAAUGUGGAACUUCAAGGGCAAAAAGGAAGGCUAACGGUAUUCUUGAGAGGCUUAACAGAUCUCCCUACUUAACUCACACUGCUUAGUGAAAUUAAACCUUGAGAAUUAGUAAAACCACCUCUUUGUUAAUAGUUUUCUUGUGUUCUUCUGUACAAACCAUCUCGGGUAGCUGUAAAAAUGGGAAAGAGAAGUUCACAUAUUAUGUACAGUAGCUUCACUUACAACCAGGAUGAAUGAGCAAAGUUUUUUUUACUUAUUCCUUUA